GUAUCUGAGGAAAGUAGCUUGAUGAUCAAAAGUGUUAACAUUGAUGAUGAAGGAACUUAUGUCUGUGAAGCUGAAAAUUCUGUUGGGAAAAUAUCAUCUGAAGUAACAUUAACUGUUCAUUCACGACCAAAUUUUUUAUCUAAGCCCAAAGAUCAAAGAGUUGGUCUCAAUGGUAUUGCAAAAAUGGAGUGCAGUGCUACAGGAAACCCUCCACCAUCUAUUUUUUGGACUAAAGAAGGAAACCAGAUAUUGAUGUUCCCAGAGAGGUCUUAUGGGAGGUUUUCUGUGAAUAGAGGUGGAACUUUAAUUAUAUCUGGAGUUAAAAAAGAGGAUGAUGGCUAUUACAUAUGUUCUGUUUUAUCAGGUCUAGGAUCAUCUAUGGCAAAGGCUUACCUUGAAGUUACAGCUGUUGGAGACCUUCCUGCUCCAAUAAUAAAACUUGGGCCUGCAAAUCAAACUUUGCCAUUGAACACAGUAGCUAUGUUACCUUGUGAAUCUUCUGGCGAACCCCCUCCUGUCAUACGCUGGCUGGUGAACUCAACUCCUCUCAAUACUCGUAAUCCAAGAUUUGUUGUUCUCGAUUCUGGCACCUUGCAAAUUGAUGGUUUGCAACCUGAAGAUUCAGGUAUCUAUACAUGCACAGCAUCUAGUGAAAGUGGUGAGACUUCUUGGAAUGCAGCUCUAACUGUAGAAUCGCCAAGAAAUCCAAAUGUGAUAUUCCAUAGAAUGCCAGAUUCUUCAACAUUUCCUGGACCUCCAUCAAAGCCGUUAGCAUCAAAUAUAACCAAAUCUUCUGUGACACUGACGUGGAGGAAAAAUUCUAAAAUCGGCUCUUCUCCUCUUAUCGGAUAUACAGUUGAAUAUUACAGUACUGAAAGUGGUUGGGUUGUAGCUGCUCAUCAAGUCCUUAAAGAAACGUGUACUAUAAACAAUUUACGACCUGACACAAAAUAUGUUUUCUUAGUCAGAGCUGAAAAUUCUCAUGGAUUAAGCUUGCCUAGUCAAAUAUCAAAUGUGGUACAAACAUUAGGCUUUCCGUCUGGCAUGUCCUAUUAUGAUCUAGAUGAAGCUCGCACCCAUUUGAAUGAUGUUAUUACUUUUUUACAAGAUGUGACUGCCAGCAGCUCAACAUCACUACAAUUAAUGUGGAAGGUGCAGGGAGCUUUUGACUAUAUUGAAGGAUUUUAUGUUAGAUUUCGAGAUCUGAGUGGAGGAAUCCAAAAAUACAAUAUAGUUACUAUCUUGAAUGCAGGAUCAUCAUCUUAUAUUUUGACAGACUUAAAAAAGUUUACAAAAUAUGAGCUGUUUUUAGUGCCUUUUUAUAAAACUGUGGAAGGCCCUCCAAGCAACUCAAAGAUGGCUCAGACUUUGGAAGACGUUCCAUCUGCGCCUCCUGACAAUCUGCAAAUUAGAGUGACUGGUCCAAACAGUGCUACAGUAACUUGGUCUCCACCUCCUCCUCAGCAUCGAAAUGGCAUUCUUCAGGGAUAUUCUAUUAGGGUUUUGGAUAACUCGUCUCAACUUUAUGCCCAAAUAACAACAAAUUCUACAACAACUUCUGUCACUCUAACUAAUUUAACAGUUGGAACCACCUAUAAUAUUAAAGCCGCAGCAUUCACCUCAUCUGGUAUUGGGCCAUUUUCACCUUCAAUCCAUCCUAAAAUUGAUUACGGAGCAGUUACUGCAUUUGAUGGCAAACCAACAAGUGUUUCUGACAUUAAUGAUGUCAUAAGGCAACCCUGGUUCAUUGCAGUCAUUGGUGGUAUCAUAUUCAUAUUAUUAUCCAUAUUUUUCAUCAUCAUGUUCAUCAAAAGAAGAACAGCUCUGAAAAAAGGACUACAAGCUCAUUUGAGUGCUUGUCCACCCCAUAAACCUGAAGAUGUUCGAGUUGGGGUGAGUGCACGUGAGACUCUCUGGAUUAAUCAAGCAUGGCAUCCUGCCCCUUCAGGAAAAACUUGCUUACCUGAUGAUAAACUGCUAAAUAAUGUAAAUGCUGGAGUGGAUCGUAGUUACAUAAGUGGUGGAGCUUCAGAUUAUGCUGAAGUGGACACUCAUAAUAUGACUACAUUUUACAAAAAGGAACUUCCUGCAGUUCCUGCUCCAUAUGCAACAACUACUUUGAUUAAUCCUUCAGCAAGGCAUCAUAGUGGUUCUGUUCAUGAAGGUAGGAGCAGUGGAUCUGAAGUUAGCAAAAAGUCAGAGAAAAUGUAUGAUAUGGAAGCACGUUUAAUUGAAGAUUGUGUAACAGAACAACUUCUAGAUGCCAGAAAUGUGAUAAGUCCAUCUAGUGAUUCUGGCAGUUACACAACAGAUGAAUAUGGUUUACCUAUUCGAAGGAAGAGAUUGAGAUCUGGUCAGAAAGGUAGUGUUCUGAAUUGGAUGGAGUUUAUUCCUCCACCCCCAGAUCAUCCUCCUAGUGAAAGGGGUUCACCUACACAUUCAUCAUCCAAUCUAAGAAAUCCAUAUCCCAUUAGGAACAUUCAUUCCCAAAUUCCCUUAGAAAACAUAACAAAUUUGAAUCAAUCGCCUCAAAUUAGUCGCAGUUUACAGUCCACUGCAUUAGCUAGGCAUACCUCAUUAGGACCUUUAAGUCACAGUCUAACCAGAGCUCAAGGUGAUGUAAAUAGAGCUCCCACUCCUCCUUCCUCCACGGGACCUCGAUUUCCUGUCACGAGUAUCCCCACGCCAUUAUCCUAUGGUUCUAGUCCUGGAGUAGAUAGAGGAAUUCAGUCCUCAUUACUAUCACUUGCUAGUGACCCCAAUCCUAAUUCAAAGAUAAUGUGUCCUGAAAAGUGUAUGAAAAUGAAUUCAUUGCAAAGCAAUCCAGGUAUCAUUUAUCAUCAACUUCAUCCUGAACCUGAUGCGCAUGAGAGAGUGCGGUAUCAUAAUGUGAUGCAAAACAUACACCCCAAAAACCAUUCACCUGCCUCCAGUGUUCCAGAUGAUACCGAGUAUGCUCCUGGUCACUGUGCAGCUCCUUCUUGGACUAGUGUCACAGACAGGAGUAGUACAUCCAGUGCUCGAUCAAGUGUAGCAAGCUCUUCAGAUGGAUCUGUAUAUACCGACUCUGAUUUUGCAAAUGUUGUAGCAAGAGCUAAUCAGAAUGCUGGCUUUCACAUAUUUAGGCCAGUUACCUCUCCAACUCAACCGUCCAAAUUAGAAAUAUCACAAUCUUCAUCAUUGCUGAGUCCUAUACAAAACUGUUGAUGUCUGUACAUAAAGAAAAAUAUCGGCUAAAUAGCACCCCUUAGCCAAAAAUAUUAGCAGAAAGUAUGGAUUCAAGUCAUUUCAUCAUCUCUAUUGUGAUCUCAACAUAUACUUAUUGCAAACAAAAAUUUAAAAUAAAAGAAAGCAUUUACAAUUAAGGCGAAAAAAACACCUGUAAUAAAUUUUUAAAAUAUGUAUUUAGAGAAGCAAUUCAAAAUUUUUUGAUAGUUCAAAAGUUUCUACUUUACAUCACUCAUUUUGUAAUAAUAUUCUCAUUCCGUGUCAUAAUAAUUGUAGUUUACUGCUUGUAAAAAUAGCACUUGGAGCAAUAAGAAAAUGGUUAAGUGUUUUUUAUACAAAAGUUUUGUAUGCAGUUUUACUCGUAGCAUAUAUUUGAAGAAACGUGUAAGUGAAAUUUUUCUUAAGCGAAACUGGGAAACGAAUAAUAUAAAAUAUCUAUGAUGCUAAACUCUACUUAUUAAACAAAUUUUUCUCCUGAGAAAUUUAGUAACAUUGUUGCAAAAACAAAGAAAAUUUAACCUUGUGGUUUCGUGUGUUAACAUCCGUUACUGCUUAAUAUAUUCUUUGUUCUGUUCAUACAGUAUUUCAUACUACUGCAUAGUACAUACAUACAUGCAAGUACUAAUUUGUGGAAACUCUUUUGCAACAACACUGUUUUAUGUAUUUUGAUGAACUUAAAAAAAAAAAUCUUACUCUUCAUUUUUAAAAGAAUUUGUAAGCCAACAGUUUUGUAACUUGAAUACAUUUUUUGAUUUUGUUGUGCCUACAUCAUUGUAAUGGGUGCCAAAUUGUUUGUAUUUCAGGAAAUCCAUACAACCUUGCCAUAUUUCCAGUCAUGUAAAUGUAAUUUGCCUUGUAUAUAAAAUGUAAUUUAUUUUUGUAAG